AUGCAGCGACUCGCACAGCCGGGCACAACACUACACAGCCAAGUAUGGCGGGCGAGCGUGUCCCUUAAGCGCCGGCACUGGGAAUCCAAGCGAUCCGCCACUGAGAGAAAUGUAUUGAUUUCGACUGUUCCAGAGCACAGUGGUUCUCUUGUUUCAAGCGGCAAGAAAAACAGACAAAAUGAUGAUAUUAUCAAGCCAGAAAGUGUAAUUUCCUAUAAGACUAUCCACCUCUCAGAAAAACAAACAAUGUCAACCAGAGAGUUCAGAUUAUCCUUAGUGUUUUCACUGACAGAUCACCCAGCUGAAGAAGCUCUAAGACUUGGAAGAAGUUCAUGUAAUGUGACGGGAAGAAGAACCCUGCAUUCUCUAGUGGAACUAGAUGGACCAAAGCGACAAACAAGAAAAAGAUGUCGUGGAUGUUACGAGAAAAUUUAUUUGAAUGAAGGCUAUGCUGAAGCAAGAAACAAGGCAAGAAGAGUCUCGACAUACUGUGACCACUGUGAUGAUAAGCCACAUCUUUGUCUUCCUUGCUUUACUGAGAAAUAUAGUGAAGAAUAG